AUGGAAUCUCACAAAAAGUGUCGCUGCUGCUACAGCACUGACUUGAACUUUGCUGGAGCAGUGAAGGAGGAAACACUUCAGGAUCCACAGCCUAGAUUGAGCUCGACGCUUUUGGAGGGAGCAAACUACCAGGAAAACGCGGAAUCUGAAACAACUUUCUACUCCGACUUUGGAGCCAGCCAGAAGGAGGAAGAAGUGGAGAUGGACAACUCUCCGUUCAACUCCACAUUUCUGGAAGAAGCAAACUACCAGGAAUCCGAGGGACUUGAACCCUCAAGAGGAGAAGCAGCAGCGCCAGUUACAGAAGCGCUGCAAGCCUGGAAUGGGAAUGAAAACCUUGGAGGCGGCUUCCUGGAGUCCAACGCUCAGCUGGGGGAGGCGGAUGCCGCCCCCGUGCCGCAGUCCCUGAUGCGUCCUCUGAUGCGGCCCUUGCCGGCAAACCAGCCGCAGGCCCCGCAGCAGCCACCGGAGCAGCCACAGGAGCAGCCGGAGGACGAGCAGCUGGAGGAGGAGCAGCCGGAGGAGGAGCAACCCCAACAGGAGCCGAAGCCCCGCCGCUACCGCAUCUGCUUCACCCCAAUCCAACUGCAGGAGCUGGAGGCCUUUUUCCAGCGCGUCCAGUACCCCGACCUGUUUGCUAGAAUGGAGCUUGCCCGACGCCUGGGCUUACCUGAACCUAGAGUGCAGGUUUGGUUUCAGAACAGAAGGGCCAAGUGGAGACGACUUCGGCGGGCACAAGCAUUCAGAAACAUGGUUCCAGUCGCUAUGAGUCCUCCUGUGGGUGUAUAUCUUGAUGAUCAUUAUGGUCCCAUCCCUAUUGUGGAGGUUAUUUGGAAAUGCUACCCAAUGGUGCCACGUCCCAUGCAUCCUCAAAUGAUGCCUCUUCCACCCAGGCCCCCUCCAGGAUUCGGAAUACCUCUACCAUUUAGGCCACCCCCUCCACCACCUUUUCCCUGGCCACCUGUACCACCUGAUGCGCACAUACCCAAUGCAGCGCUGAGAUAUAACCCCUUCCCCUUCCCCUUCCCCUUUCCCUUCCCCAACCCCAACCCCUUCCCCUUCCCCAAUCCCAACCCCUUCCCCUUCCCCAACCCCUUCCCCAACCCCAACCCUAAUUCCAACCCCAACCGCAACCAAAAUUUUGCAGGUCCCAGAUAUAGAUACUAA